AAAUUCUGGUCUUGUCCAAGAAGGGGGAGAAUCAAGGUGGAGGAAAACAUGGCUACUAAGCACCUGCAAGGCGGUUACCAGACAAUACUGACAUUUCAAGAUGUGGCUGUGGAUUUCACCCGGGAGGAGUGGAGGCUGCUGGAUCCAGCUCAGAACGACUUGUUCAGGGAUGUGAUGCUGGAGAACUACGAGAAUUUUAUCUUCCUGGGGCUUCCAGUUUCCAAAGGAGACAUCCUUUCCAAGUUGGAAAAAAGAGAAGCACCAAGACUGCCCAAGAGAGAAAUUCCAAGAAGCCCUUACCUAGAAUUUCCUCAGAAAUGUAAUACAGUUGGACAAAAGGACAGUAAGAAGUCAGUCCUUGCUGCACAGCAUCAAGUUCCUGAAGCCAACUUCAAACACUUUUCAGACUUAAGUGAAUAUAAUGGAAGUGAUAUGGGUGAGAAACUUUAUAAUAAAGGCAAGAAACCCUUUACUAACCACUCAAACUUUAUUCAUUACCAUGGAAUAUAUACUCAAGGAAAACUAAACAUAAUGAAUUUGGCAGAGCCUUCAGUAUCAAUUGAUGCCAUCCUGUACAUCGAAGAAUUCAUACUGAGGAGAAACCAUUUGAAUAUACUGAAUGUGGAAGAAACUUCAGCAGUAAACAAAACCUAACUGCACAUCAAAUAAGUCAUACUGGGAAGAAGCCAUUUAAAUAUAAUGAAUGUGGAAAAACUUUUAACAGUAAUCAAAUCUUAUCUCAACAUCAAAGAAUUCACACUAGAGAAAAACCAUUUGAGU